CGUGGCCAAUGGGAAGCGCGGACGUUGCGGGAGGGGAUGCGUGGUGGUGGGGGGUGUUACUUCCCCGGAGUAAGAUGGCGACCUUCACGAGGAGCGGGUUGGCGUGGUCCCGCGCCUGGGUUCCGCGGCUGGAGUUUGUGAGAAACGCCAGGGCAGUGACGCGCCACAAACGGCCCAUUCCACACUUGAAGCAAAAAGUGCUCGAGUUGACGAAAGUCAUCACUCCAAAGCCGCUCGUGCCCCCUAAAUGCAUCAAGUCUGCCGACGUGAUGGAAGAGAAGAACAAACUUGAGAUGCUGCUGGAAAGGGAGGUGGAGAAGUUGUUCCGUGAAAAUCGCAUGGUCACCAUAUGCCAGCUUGGACCGAUGAAGGAUGAAGACUGGGUGAUGUUUAGGCAUCACCUUCGAAAGCACGACAUUUAUGCCAAGAUAUUUCCAAACAAGGUUGUACAGUAUUUCCUGAAUGACAGCAAAUACAAGAACUUGAAGCCACUCUUCAUUUGCCAUAACGUUCUGGUCGUGAGUCAUGAACCUCGCGUGCGGGAACUCCUACGAGUGCUGCGUGCAGUCCCACAGGUUAUUCUCUUAGGGGGCUGCGUGGACGAUGUGCUGAUGAGCAAGCAAAGUUUACUGGAUUACUCGAAGCUGCCAAAGUUGGAGGUGCUACAGAGCCAACUGGUGGGCACGCUGUCGCACGUGUGCUCGCAGACCAGCUCCGUGCUCCAACAACCUGCUCAGAACCUCACCCAAAUAUUUCAGCAGCAUAUCUCACAGCAGACAACGGAGCCAAAGCCUGACGAGUCGAGUUAAAGCGCAUUUGACAGUCUUGUCAAAAUACUGGCUUAAUUCAAUUUAAGGGUACCCCGGUAAAAUAUAAAUUUCCUAACAAAACCCUGUUAUGUCCAUGAGGAUCAGAUUCAUCUAAUUUACAAUUUGUAAUGUUAUAUGUUCAGAAAAAUAAAAAAACUAUUUCAAAGUUAACAAAAAAAAACGUGAACAUAAUCACAAACUAAAUCGGGAAUGCACAGUCGAAAGCUACAUUACCUCUUCAAUACAAAACUGGGACUGCUUGGCACGUGACAGUUUCUGCAUAUUCCAAAGAUGCAGCUAAUUAGCAAGUCCGCAUUCCCUUGCAUACUGUUCUGAUGUUUUGAUCUUCUGGAGCACAUUUUUUUUUGCUAAUAAAAAAUCACCGUUAUUUCGAGGACGUUCUGAAUAUAUCCUACGCUGUCCUCUGCAUCUUUAAAGGGCACGUUAAUGGCAGUAGCAUUUUUUGUACAUUUGCUCGUGAAAAAAAUAUUAUAACCCUGGAAUGUUUAUUUUAUGAAAUAAAAGCCGUGACACGUGA